AUGGCCAGUAGGAAAAUACUCAUUCUCUACGGAUCAGAGACAGGAAACGCCCAGGAUUAUGCCGAAACUCUAUCUCUAACAUAUCGUUAUCAAGGAUACCAGGCAACGGUAUCGGCAAUGGACGAUCUCCCUGCUAGCGAUCUACUGGAUUAUCAUGUUCUUCUUGUAAUCUGUUCAACAACCGGUCAAGGUGAAAUUCCACGAAACGCACGCCAUUUCUGGCGUUUCCUUUUGAGAAAAUCGUUGCCAGGUGAUCUUCUCAGCCAUAUUCGGUUCAGCACGUUUGGUUUAGGUGACUCUUCCUAUCCACAGUUCAACUGGGCUAUCCGGAAGAUUCAUGCCCGGCUUUUACAACUUGGAGCAAAGGAAUUUUGCGAUCGUGGAGAGUCUGAUGAGCAAUCUUCAGAAGGUUCGGAGGCCUAUUUUGCAGCCUGGACGGAUCUUAUUGCGAAGUCUCUUCCUAAGCUUUUCCCUGGCGAUGAAUCGAGCAUUAAGGAAAAUGUCGAUUUUGCCAAUGCAGAGACAUUGCCUCCUUCGUUCCAUCUAAUUGUCGAAAAGAACAAAUUCAAGCGCCUGACGGACCUGGAUGUCAAGAACAUAGCUCUUUCCAGGGUCGCGGUGUCCGGCUCAUCUCGGUCCGAUCGUAUUCCUUCCCAGUUUGAGGUUGUUUCAGUCGAUAGAAUUACUGCUAGUGAUCAUUUUCAGGAUGUUCGCCGUGUGAUUUUACGCAAGAAAGACCAGACUGGAGGUAAUCUGCGGUUCAGUUCUGGUGACACACUGGCACUUUAUCCCACAAACGAAAAAAGCGAUGUGGAUAAGUUGAUUGAGAUUCAGGGUUGGGAGGAUGUAGCCGAUUACCCGCUGAAAAUUGUCCCUAACCAUGUUGAAGCAAAGCGGUCUUUGAGCAUCCCUGGAGGUGGAUUUGUCAAAAAGUUGACCCUUCGCUCCCUCAUUACACAUCACUUGGAUAUCAUGUCUGUUCCUCGAAGAUCAUUUUUUUUGCAGGCAAGCCAGUUCACAUCCGAUAAAAGAGAGAGGGACAAGCUCAUAGAGUUGACGAGACUCGAGGAAACUCAGCAAUUGUACGAUUACGCAAACAGGCCUCGCAGAUCCAUAUUAGAGACUGUGCAGGAGUUUUUUACAUUGAAAAUUCCGCUAGAUUACCUGUUAGACAUCUUUCCUUUGAUAAAGCCACGUCUUUUCUCGAUUUCCUCCCGCUGCAGACAGGCGGACGAGCCUGACUACAAUUCUCUUGAAUUAACCGUCGGUAUCAUCGAGUACAAGACGAUCAUCCGCCGGAUCAGGCGUGGACUUUGCACUCGGUGGAUUAAGACUCUUAAUUCUGGAGACGUCAUCUUGGGUAGUGUUGAGCAUUCUCGCUCGAAGUUUAGAGACGAUGAUAAAACUCCAAUCAUUUUGGCUUACACAGGUACGGGUGUUGCACCGGUGAAAUGCUUUGUAGAGGAUCAGAUGAAACAGGAAAAGUCUCAGCGCCGUCCGAUGUAUAUAUUCUCGGGAAACAGAUAUCCUGACAAGGAUUUCCUAUAUGGCGAUCUUUGGAAAGAGCUUGAGAAGGAGGGCGCGGCAAAGAUCUUUCCUGCAUUUUCUCGAGAUCCCGAGUACGUGAAGAAAGGACGUCAUUACGUUUUCGAUAGGCUCUAUCAAGAGAAGAAGACGGUUAAUGAUGCAUUAGUGAAGAAACUGGGCGUUUUCUACCUUUGCGGUUCAGCAGGUAAGAUGCCAAUUCAAGUUAGAAUCACCAUGGAGACCAUUUUCGCUGAAGAAAACGGAUGGACAGAUGACCAUGCGAAGAAAUACCUUAUAGAUAUGGAGACAUCUGGAAGGUACAUCCAGGACACUUGGUAA